GAUUAUGAACACUUGGCAAAUAAUAAUUUUAUUUCACAAAUUUCGCGAAACCUAUUUAUUAUCUAGCGGUUAUGUUUGCCAUAAAAGGAUAUAAAUGAUCACCACUCGCCCAAAGACGCCUGCGCCACUGGACGUCCCCUCCCAUUUGUAAGUUGGCAACAAUGCAAUCACGUCACUGGUGUCAACGAGCUGUCAACAAAGCUUAUUUUCAUUUUUUUAUUAAUUCAACUAAAACUCACUCGUAAAUGGUGUGAAACGAAAAUGGCAACGUCAAAAACAACAAACACGUAUAAUCGGCAGAACUGGGAGGAUGCGGAUUUCCCGAUUUUGUGUCAAACCUGCCUCGGGGACAACCCUUAUAUUCGCAUGACUAAAGAAAAAUACGGCAAGGAAUGUAAAAUCUGCGCGCGCCCUUUUACAGUGUUUCGUUGGUGUCCCGGUGCUCGUAUGCGUUUCAAGAAAACGGAAGUUUGCCAGACUUGCAGCAAGUUGAAAAAUGUGUGUCAGACGUGUCUCCUGGACUUGGAAUAUGGGCUCCCGAUACAAGUCCGCGACGCUGCUCUCAAACUCAAGGAUGAUCUUCCAAAAAGCGACGUCAAUAAGGAGUAUUAUAUCCAGAAUAUGGAGCGCGAGUUGCAACGCUCAGAUUCUGGCGUUUUGUCAAACAAAUUGAACGAACCAAAUGACUUAUUAAUGCGUUUGGCGCGGACAGCCCCUUAUUAUAAACGAAACAGGCCUCAUGUGUGUUCGUUUUGGGUGAAAGGGGAGUGCAGAAGAGGCGAGGAGUGUCCUUACAGGCAUGAGAAACCCACAGAUCCUGAAGACCCACUUGCUGAUCAAAAUAUAAAAGACCGUUACUAUGGGGUGAACGAUCCUGUUGCUGAUAAAUUAUUGAAGAGGGCUGCCGCAAUGCCGGCUUUACCGCCCCCUGAAGACAAAACCAUCACAACUUUAUAUAUUGGCAAUCUCGGUACUCUCACUGAACAAGACAUCAGGGACCACUUCUACCAAUAUGGCGAAAUUCGUUCUGUUAGUUUAGUUCCGAAACAGCAGUGCGCUUUCGUUCAGUACACCACUAGAGCUGCAGCUGAAACCGCUGCUGAAAAAACUUUCAAUAAGUUGAUUUUGGGUGGCCGCCGACUCACUAUCAAAUGGGGGCGAUCGCAAGGACGUGCAGGCCCAGCGAUAAACCCCGGACUUGAGGCUUAUGAACCAGUCCCGGGCCUUCCGGGGGCUUUACCAGAAUUGAGUAACAAUUUCUUUAAUCUUGAACCGGGACACAUUCCGUUGCCGAAUAUGCCACCACCGCCGUCUCUUAUUGUUCCACCGAUGUUUGGCCCCCCGCCGAUGCCUCCAUUCUUCUUUAAUCCGCCACAGUUGUCGGCGUAUGUCCCAACAGCGGCUUCUAGCAGUACUGUCACAAGUGAGGCGGCAGUGGGGCCCUCGAAAAGUGGCGUGCAUUAUCCCAGCCAGGAUCCGGCGAGGUUAGGGGCAACACAGUUGCAUGCAGAUAGACAGGAAUAGGUGUAUGUUUUGUGAGGUGUAAAAUUUUUUAAUCAAUAAAAAAUUAUGACAUGA